AAUCAUGAGUACCGAUCGUCAGUGAAAGACCUGAGCAAAAAUCAAAAAACAAGAAGAAAGAACAGACGAAGUGAAAGAAAUGGUGGGCUGUUUGGCGGACAUGAAGGGGUUCACCCUCCAAGUGCUCAAGGGGCGGAGGUUCAUGAUAUUCGCGUCUCUUCUAAUCAUGAACACCGCCGGCUUGAGCUACAUCUUCGGCCUCUACUCCGGUGAGGUCAAGUCGGCGCUCGGCUACGACCAAAGCACCCUCAACUUAGUCAGCUUCUACAAGGACUUGGGAGCCAACAUCGGCAUCAUCGCCGGACUAAUCAACGAGAUCUCGCCGCCAUGGGUCGUCUUAGCCAUGGGCGCGUCUUUAAAUUUUUUCGGCUACUUCAUGAUAUGGCUCAGCGUCACAAAAAGAAUCGCCAAGCCCAAAGUCUGGCAAAUGUGCUUGUACAUCUGCCUCGGAUCCAACUCCCAACCCUUCGUCAACACCGGCGGCCUCGUCACCGUCAUAAAGAACUUCCCGGAAAGCCGCGGCGUCGUGAUUGGUGUUUUGAAGGGCUAUACGGGUCUUAGUGGAGCUGUUCUUACACAGUUGUACCAUGCUCUCUACGGCGACGACUCCAAAUCUUUGAUUUUGCUCAUAGCUUGGCUUCCGACAGCAAUAUCACUCACUUUUCUUCCGACCAUGAGGAUCAUGAAGCAGGCUGUUCGGGACCCAAAAGAGAUCGUCAAACUUUUCUAUAAUUUCCUCUAUAUUUCGCUCUCUCUUGCCGGCUUCUUGAUGAUCAUAAUUAUAGUAGAGAAAAGGGUGGCGUUUACAAAAGGCGAGUAUGGAGGAAGCGCCGCCGUGGUGCUUUUCUUGCUCUUCCUCCCACUUGCUGUCGUUAUUAAGGACGAGUAUAAGGUUUGGAAGAGCAAGAAAUUAGAAGAAGCGCCAGUGAAUAAUCAUCAUCCUUCUCAAACUUCAGCAAUUUCAGUUAUAGAAUUACCUCAAAAAGAGGAAGUAAUUAUUUCUUGUUGGAAGACGGCGUUUCAGCCUCCGGACAGAGGGGAGGACUACACAAUACUCCAAGCACUUUUCAGCAUCGACAUGGCGGUGAUAUUCUUCGCAUCAAUCUGCGGCCUCGGUGGAGCGUUAACGGCAAUAGACAACUUGGGUCAGAUUGGAACAUCCUUAGGAUACCCGAAGCAAAGUAUAAGCACUUUCGUGUCUCUAGUAAGCAUUUGGAACUACCUCGGGCGCGUUGUUGCAGGUAUUACCUCGGAAAUUUUCAUAACAAAGUACAAAUUCCCUCGCCCCCUCAUGCUUACUCUCAUCCUCCUAUUGUCGUGCGUCGGCCAUCUCCUAAUUGCCUUCAAUGUACCAAGUGGCGUCUACGUGGCGUCGGUGAUUAUUGGGUUUUGUUUUGGUGCACAAUGGCCGUUACUCUUCUCCAUUAUUUCCGAGCUUUUUGGGCUCAAGUACUACUCUACAUUGUUCAAUUUUGCGGCAGUGGCUAGCCCGAUUGGGUCUUAUUUGCUCAACGUGAGGGUCACCGGGCAUUUGUAUGAUAAGGAGGCUGAGAAGCAGCUGGCUGCUUUGGGGCUCCAAAGGAAGGCUGGGGAGGACCUAAAUUGCAUUGGGGUUGAGUGCUUCAAAAUGUCUUUCAUUAUCAUUACUGCUGUCACCUUCUUUGGCACACUUGUUUCACUCAUUUUGGUGUUUAGGACUGGGAAAUUUUACAAGAGCGACAUAUAUAAGAAGUUUCGAGAUCAGGAUCAUGCGAAUUUGGCCCUCACUGAAACAGCGAUGUCUGGAAAAGGUGUCCGAAAGGCUGAGGCACAAGGUAACUAACAAUGGCGGCUGGGACUUUAUUUGUCGGCACCCUUAGAUCUUCUUCUUUCCUGUAAAACUACCUUGGUUUAUAAAGUUCCACGUCUUUUUUUC